UAAAGUAAUAUAUAUAAUUAAAUAUAUAUUUGUACGAUUUCGAUUAAACGGUUUCAAACCUCAACGAGAAUUCACCGGAGCAAGUGUAACAAGCCGAAAACAAAAUGUCGGAGCCAUCCGUCUGUCACAAGUGCAAUGAGGUCAUCCAGCAGCGGAUCAUCACGGCUCUAGGCAAGACCUGGCACCCAGAGCACUUCGCCUGCAAGGAAUGCCUCUGCCCCAUCACCGAGGCCACUUUCAACAUCCAGGACGGAGAGCCCGUCUGCUCUGACUGCUUCGUCAAGAUCUACUCCGGCACCUGCCAUGGCUGCAAGAAGCCCAUUCUAGAGCGCACCAUCAAGGCCAUGGAGCAGUCAUGGCACGAGGAGUGCUUCGUGUGCAACGGCCCCUGCAAGAAGCCGCUGGUGGGCACCUCCUUCUACGAGCGCGACGGCCACCCCUACUGCCGCGCGGACUUCGAGCAGCUCUUCGCCGCCCGCUGCGCCGGCUGCACUCUCCCGAUCACCGACAAUGCGAUCGUCGCCUUGAACGCCAAAUGGCACCGCGACUGCUUCAAGUGCAAGAAAUGCGCCACUCCCAUCACGGCCAGCACCUUUGCCGUGGAGGAAAACAAGCCCUUGUGCACGGAAUGCUCCGGCUAAGAAUCGGAGCCGCCUCCGGAUGCCAGAGUCCGGACAACACACACACAC